UUGCGUAAAGGCGGAGGAAAAACAUACAAACAGGACUUGUGAUAUACUGGACAGAGUGCUUAAGUUUAGUAUGAGUUGGGCAAAUAUGGAUGAGCUGUAAGGGGAAACCCAAGUCGUGCGGAAUCAUGGCAAGAGGCCCCAGCUCAGUGGCUUUACAGGUGAUGAGGGUUUACACUCAUUCCUCGCAUUUUCUGGGAUCCUGCAUAUUACAGCCGCUGUGCUUGGAGUCAUGGCAGUGCCCUUUGUGGAAGACUGGGACUUGGUGCAGACUUUGGGAGAAGGUGCCUAUGGAGAGGUUCAACUUGCUGUGAAUAGAAUAACUGAAGAAGCGGUUGCAGUGAAAAUUGUAGAUAUGAAGCGGGCCGUAGACUGUCCAGAAAAUAUUAAGAAAGAGAUCUGCAUCAAUAAGAUGCUAAAUCACGAGAAUGUAGUGAAAUUCUAUGGCCACAGGAGGGAAGGCAGCAUCCAGUACCUGUUCCUGGAGUACUGUAGUGGAGGAGAGCUUUUUGAUAGAAUAGAGCCAGACAUAGGCAUGCCUGAGCAAGAUGCUCAGAGGUUCUUCCAUCAACUCAUGGCAGGAGUGGUUUAUCUGCAUGGAAUUGGAAUAACUCACAGGGAUAUUAAACCAGAAAACCUCCUCUUGGAUGAAAGGGAUAACCUCAAAAUCUCUGACUUCGGCUUGGCAACAGUGUUUCGGCAUAAUAAUCGCGAACGCUUACUGAAUAAGAUGUGUGGGACUUUACCUUAUGUUGCUCCAGAGCUUCUAAAGAGAAAAGAAUUUCAUGCAGAACCAGUUGAUGUUUGGUCCUGUGGAAUAGUACUUACUGCAAUGUUGGCUGGAGAAUUGCCAUGGGACCAGCCUAGUGACAGCUGUCAGGAAUAUUCUGAUUGGAAAGAAAAAAAAACCUAUCUCAAUCCUUGGAAAAAAAUUGAUUCUGCUCCACUGGCUUUGCUUCAUAAAAUUCUGGUUGAGAAUCCAUCAGCAAGGAUUACCAUCCCAGACAUUAAGAAAGAUAGAUGGUACAACAAACCGCUUAACAGAGGAGCAAAGAGGCCCCGAGCCACUUCAGGUGGUAUGUCAGAGUCUUCUAGCGGAUUCUCUAAACAUAUUCAUUCUAACUUGGAUUUUUCUCCAGUAAAUAGUGGUUCCAGUGAAGAAAAUGUGAAGUUCUCUAGUUCCCAGCCAGAGCCGCGGACAGGGCUGUCCUUGUGGGACACUGGCUCUUCAUAUGUUGACAAACUGGUACAAGGCAUCAGCUUCUCACAGCCUACGUGUCCUGAUCACAUGCUUGUAAACAGUCAGUUACUUGCUACUCCUGGAUCUUCACAGAACCCCUGGCAGCGUUUGGUCAAAAGAAUGACACGCUUCUUCACCAAGCUGGAUGCAGACAAAUCUUACCAGUGCCUUAAAGAGACCUUUGAGAAGUUGGGCUAUCAGUGGAAGAAGAGUUGUAUGAAUCAGGUUACUGUGUCAACAACUGAUAGAAGAAACAAUAAAUUGAUUUUCAAAAUAAAUUUGGUGGAAAUGGAUGAAAAGAUACUGGUUGACUUCCGGCUUUCUAAGGGUGAUGGAUUAGAGUUCAAGAGACACUUCCUGAAGAUUAAAGGGAAGCUCAGUGAUGUGGUGAGCAGCCAGAAGGUCUGGUUUCCUGUGACAUGAUGAAGCCGGCAGCCCUGCAGGUUCCUGGUGACUAUUGUGCUGCUAUGUUGAUGUUAUUCUUCCUAGAGAAGAUUAUCCUAUUCUGCAAACUGCAAACAGUAAUGUUUUGAAGAGUUCUCUUCUCAUUACUCAAACAUCUUCCAUCUCUUAGUAUGUUUUGCAUACAAAUAAUACUGUAUGUUAAUUGUAUGCAAUACUUUGACCUUGGGGAAAGGAUGGAUCAAAUUCAUUAGAUAUUUCGCCAGCUGUGUUUAAAUUGUAUGAAUUUGAAACCUGUCUGGUAGAAACCAAGUUAUGGGAUACUUGAGUUUGCCAGCUUUUAUAACCAA